UUUCCCAGCUCUACGUGACACAGAGAGAAGCCCAGAGAGAAGGGGCGCCGAGAAAGAGAGUCAGAGAAUAGGAACACGCGCUCGCAAAAGGGCGGGAAGGCUAGGUGCUGGACUCGCGACAUUCCUCCGACACCCGACUCCAACCAUAAUCACCGGAAAUGUCGAGGGGGACCGAGCACAAACGCGUCUCCCUCACAACUGUAUUCCAGGGCGAGACGGCAUUUUCGCGCUUCGGCAGCAACUUCCUAGAGCCGGAGGUGCCAGCGGCGAUCGCCAACAGCGGUAACAAGCCGGCCAAGACUGCCAAAAGCAUUCGCAUCAAGCUAGAACUGUUUGAAAGUGAUUCCAACAAAUAUCCCGAGUUUAACUAUACGCGGCUUCUGUACUUGGAGAAGAAAAAGGCGAAGAAACUGAAGCAGGUGAGCACUUGCAAUGGGCCCGGCAGCGAUCCCUUUGCCGACAACGACGACGAUGUGGCACGGAUCGUCAAGGAGCUGGAGGCCAAGUACGGCAACUCCUACGCCACCGGCAGGGGCAAGAGCAAAAAGGACGAGUACCGGGAUAUUGGAAUGGGAUACGACGAAUCAGACUCCUUCAUUGAUAACACGGAAGCUUACGACGAAAUCAUACCGAAGGAAACUGAGACCCAGGAGGGCGGCUUCUUUAUCAACAAGGGUAUUGUGACGCUCAAGAGUAAACAGAAGUCCUACACCACGCGAACGGAUGCCAUCAUCAAGAUGCCGGAACGAUCGCGCAAGCGAGUUGUCUGCUCUGAAAGCUCGUCCUCAUCAUCGUCCGACGAAGAUGAUGAUGAAAACGAAGACAACGAGGGGGAGGACGAAGGCGAGGGCGAGGAGGAAGAAAGUGAUUCCGAGGAAACCGAUGAAAGCGAUUCCGAGGAGGACGAUUCCGAUAGCGAAAGCCUCGAGGACGAGGACUCCGCUGCCACGGUCAAGUUCACCAGCAAGUACAAAGACAAUCAUCAUCCAAGCAAGCGGCCAAAGGUCAUCGUCACUGGCAAGCCCAAGUCCAGCUCCAGUUCUAGUGUCGACAACAAGAAGCUGCCCAAGAAGCCAACGGUCACAUCCUCCUCCUCGAAUUCGCCACGACCAAUUGUCAUUGAUAAUUCGGAUACGGACGAGCGGCAUGGGCAAAUCCCGGGCCCCAUUCAGUCGCAGGCCCAGGCCCAGGCUCAGGCAUUGAAGAAGGUGGUGAAAACGACGACAGUGAAGGACAUGCUGAAGGCCAAGCGGGAUAGCUUCCUCAAGUCGCAGAGCAGCCCUUCCGCAGUAAAAAGCGUAGGCAACGGCGAGUUGAAGUGCAUCUCAACGGACGUAGAGUCCUCCAGUGGCAGCAGCGACACAGACUCGGCAACGGAGCAAGGAAAGGCGGACAGGCAGGCAGGCAAACAGGCCAAGGAGGGGCCGGAAAAUCUGCGUUCCGCCGAUACCCUGCUUCCCGCCUCGCUGGAUCCCGACAUCUUGGCCGCUGUCAAUAGCUUAAAGGAUGAAGUCAGAAGUCGAGACAUGUGCGGCAGUAGGUUCAGAUUGGAUGACAAGCUCACCCCAUUGCUGCUCAGGGUCUACGAGGCGGUACUCUGCACGGAUCGAAACGAGCGCAACAUGGUGUUUUCCCACAUCGAGUAUCAGCUGCAGCUGCCCAAGUACUACAUCCUGCGGAAGGGAAAGGCAGUGCGGGCCAAGGAGGAGAAGAACAAGUCCAGAAAAUCCAUCGAAAAGCUGCGCCAGGCUGUGGCCAUGGUCAUGCCCAAGGCGAUAGCAAACUACGAAAUGGAAUUGCGAAAUUUCGCAGAACAAGGGGCGGCGGAUGUGAACUCUGAACUGCCACCGAAGAUGCCGCGCAAGAAGUUCCAGUGGACCAGCGAGCUGCGUCAACUGCUAUACGACGUAUAUCAGGCGCGUUGGACGUCCUAUGCUGUGCUGGCCAAACGAAAGGACUCGCUGGAAGAGUUCAUCAACGGUUAUCUGAAGGUCAAGGUAGUGGAUCUCUGGCCAACGGGCUGGAUGCGCUACGACGAGCUGCAGCGGGAGAUCACACGCCAUAAGACCGCCAGUAGGAAAUCAAAGGAAAAGCCAAUAGCUUCGUCGAUGAAGCCAGCAGAUGCUCUUGAGCAACUGCCACAGGGUAGCCACUACCCCAAGACAGUGGAGGAGCCCCGAUCGCGUGGAAACUCUGACACGGACUCUGCCACAAGUGCCUCCUCCAACAGCCUGAAGCGCAAGCUACAGGAUCAGGCCAAGGCUACCUGCAAGCCGCCCAAGAAAAAGGUGGCCAAGCAGGUUCCACAGCAGUCGCCCCAACCGCAAUCGUUCCAGCUAACGCCGACAGCCACGGCGGCGGUUAGUGUGCCAGCAGCCAUUAAUAACAACCAUCUGCCGCCCCACCUGGAUACAUUGCUCUCCAUGCCCAGCACUUCGGCCCAGGCAGCUGUCCUGAAUGCGGCCGCCGUUGCCUCUGCCAGUCCAGUUUUGGACCUGGCUUCGCCCAACCGAAAGGCUGCGAAAGCGGCCUCUCCUCACAGCAACUUUAUCAAGGUGAUCUCGCCAGCCAUUCUGGCACCCAAUGGAACUCCCAGGCAAAGUCCCAUCGGCGGGCAGGCCAAAGUGAUCGUUGCAGCACGGCCCUCGGCGCAUGUGAUCAAUCUUGAUGACUACCAAUGCCCCAGCGAAAUUCUGCAAACGUCCAAGCAGCUGGCUGCCACCAGCGUCAUCACCUCCACCUCCAAAGCGGCUCAGACGACGCCAGUUAGCAGGGUCAGCAGGGACAGCAGUAGUGAGUCGGAUGGCGUUGAGUUCGUUGGCAUUUAUCCGGCGUGGAAACCCGUGCAAAAUGCCCUGUCCAAGCCCAAAGUCAAGACGCAAAAGAAGACUUUGGGUGCAUCGGGAAAUGUCGGUUUUAGCAAUAAAAAUAUGUACGUCUACAACAACAGCAACAGUGCAAGCGGCUUGGGCGGAGCCAUGUACAAUCUAAGCCACGACUCGCAAAUCAUUAAGGCCAUGUCGGAUCUAAAGGCGCUGGAAAAUACGAUAAAGUGGCCCACGCAGUCCAUUUUCUCGCCAAGCAGCGUUAAGGGCGGCGCCGGCGGCGGUGCCAUGGGUUCCCCCGGCACAGGAUCCUCGUCGCGACAAUGACAAUCGGCCCCGGCCGCACAGCAGCCAACACCGGCUGCCGUGACGGCUUUCUACAAUCAUGACCAGGCAAUGGCCGCCGCGCUAGUUCUCUCCUCGUUGAGUGUUGCGCCGCGCUAUGACCUGCUGACCAAUGGAGCUGUGUCCGGGCAAGGUGCCCACUUGGCCCCCUCGGCCAACACACUGCCACAAGUAUUUGUAAAGCCCAGCCUGCCGCAACCGACUGUCGCUGUUGAUAGUGCGCUGACCGCUCCUGGAGCCGCUCCCCCGCCCACACAAACACUGCCCACAAAGUUCAUAUAGCUUAGGUCGCUCAGCCCGCUACCGGGUGGACUAUAACUUAAGUUCCAGGUUCCAGGGCAGGCACGUAGGUUUCAUAAGCCGUCAGUCAAUCGUGUUCUAUUCGCAGAGUUUCUCUGCUUUCCCCAAUUGUCUAUAAAAGUUCAUUACUGUUUAUUAUCGUUUAAUUUUUUAAGUCAAUGUGCUUUGCAAACAUUUAAAGAAUCAAGUUUAUAUAUAUUUA